AUGGAGCAGGCGAAGGAACAGAUUGGGCGGUCACGCCUUGACGGGCCCCUUUCCAGAAGCCGCUGCUACCUGUUUGCUGCUCGGGCUCUCGAGUGCAGCCGCCGUUAUAGCAGCUGGAGGGCAGGCGACGGGGGACGGCGGCGUUGGCAGGAGUGGCGUUGGCGGAGCAGAGCGAAGGCAAGAAGCCCCCGCGCGCGCCUAGCAGCCCGCCCGCGCCCAAAGCGGGAGUCCGAACCUCGCAUGGAGUCGUGGGCCAGUCCCCGCUGCCCUUUACUUCUGUGGAGCCCCCGCAGCGGGGUGAGGCUCCUGCUGCUGCUCUUGACUGUGCGCUUGGGGAGCAGUAUAAAAACAACAACAGUUCUGAGUACCUUCCUGGAGUGCACUGAUAAAGCAGAUGAUGAGGAUGAUGAAGACCUAACAGUGAACAAAACGUGGGUCCUUGCCCCAAAGAUUCACGAAGGAGAUGUUACUCAUAUACUGAACUCCUUACUCCAAGGCUAUGACAAUAAACUUCGGCCAGAUAUUGGAGUGAAAACGACAGUAAUUGAAACGGAUGUCUAUGUUAACAGCAUUGGCCCAGUUGAUCCAAUUAAUAUGGAGUACACCAUAGAUAUAAUUUUUGCCCAGACUUGGUAUGACAGUCGCUUGAAAUUUAAUAGCACUAUGAAAGUACUUAUGUUGAAUAGCAAUAUGGUUGGAAAAAUCUGGAUUCCAGACACGUUCUUCCGAAACUCAAGGAAAUCAGAUGCCCAUUGGAUCACUACUCCAAACCGUUUGCUUCGCAUUUGGAGUGAUGGAAGAGUAUUAUAUACCCUAAGGUUGACAAUUAAUGCCGAAUGUUAUCUUCAGCUUCAUAACUUUCCUAUGGAUGAGCAUUCCUGUCCACUGGAGUUUUCAAGCUAUGGAUACCCAAGGAAUGAAAUUGUAUACAAAUGGAAGAAAUCCUCUGUUGAAGUGGCAGAUCCCAAAUACUGGAGACUGUAUCAAUUUGCAUUUGUAGGCUUACGAAAUACGACAGAUAUUUCUCAUACACAGUCUGGAGAUUAUGUUGUCAUGACAAUCUUCUUCGUUCUCAGCAGACGUAUGGGAUAUUUUACAAUUCAGACAUACAUUCCCUGUAUACUGACUGUUGUUCUUUCCUGGGUCUCAUUCUGGAUUAAUAAAGAUGCCGUGCCUGCAAGGACAUCUUUAGGUAUCACCACUGUGCUGACCAUGACGACGCUGAGUACAAUUGCGAGGAAGUCUCUGCCCAAAGUUUCCUAUGUAACAGCAAUGGACCUCUUUGUCUCUGUGUGCUUCAUUUUUGUCUUUGCCGCCUUGAUGGAGUACGGCACCUUGCACUACUUCACCAGCAACAAAAAAGGGGCCAAGGAGAAAGAUGAGAAAUCAAAAAACAAGUCAUCGAAUCGGCCUGUACUUCCUGCCGGCCCUGGAUCAACGUUAAUCCCAAUGAACAAUAUCCGUCACUUUCAAGAACGCGACAACAGUUACGGAUACGAGUGCCUUGAGGGUAAAAACUGCACCAGCUUCUUUUGUUGCUUCGAUGACUGCCGCACGGGGUCAUGGAGGGAAGGAAGAAUACACAUCCGAGUGGCCAAAAUUGACUCCUACUCUCGGAUCUUCUUCCCCACAGCCUUUGCCCUGUUCAACCUCGUUUACUGGAUUGGUUACCUUUACCUAUAA